UAUAAACAUCCACGCAACUAUCCUUUAAAAACUGGGCAUUUUUGUGUUAUUCCUGUAUUAUGCGUGUGAGAACGACUUACGGUAUUAAUGCCUGCAAGAACGACAUGGCAUUUGAACAUACAUGUAGGGAAGCUGCUUCCUCCCCUGGCCACUACGGAGACAGAACGGGAAACCAGAAUGGUGGAGCCAAUUUGCGGAAACUUCCCCCCGGAGCGACAUUCAAAGUCACCAAGUCCAUGUGGUACUUUGCUGUAUUUUUUAUGGUCGCAGUAGGAGUAGACGUCGUCUAUUAUUGGCAAGGCAGUGAUGUUGAGCCUAAUCAGCCGCAACACAGACCUGUACCCGGGUAUCAGAUCAGGCAGAGGACAAGCAGCCACCAGUCCACCGAGUCUGCCUCUCGUCUUGACAGCGAUGACCAGUCUUCCCCCGCAACGGAAUGGUCCACCAAGCAGAAUGCUGCUACAUCCAGCUUCCUGAUGGCAAAUCCCACUCCCGCCGAUUUUUCGACCACUCGGGUUGCAACCAAUGCUGUCUUUGAUGCCAAAGCUCUGCUCAGGUCGUAUCCAACAGAUGCCCUGAACUCUUUUUUCACCAUAAAGAAUGCCGCUCGUUCCUCCCAUUACAUGCUGUGCGACACUCUGGAACUGCACAUUGAGGCUAGAGACCAGCACAAUCACGUCAAACAACAUGGCGGUGAUUAUUUCUGGGUAAAAAUCUUCAACCUCGCCUCCCAUUCCAGCCAGCCGGCCGACGAAAUUAUCGAUCACGGGAACGGCACCUACACGGCCCGUUUUCUCUUGCACUGGACCGGUGUCGUCAGCAUGAAAGUUCUCCUCGUUGCGUCAAGCGAGUACGCUGCGCUGCUCGGCGAGCUGCGGGAGGCCGCCCCAGCUCGCUUCGCCUACAACGGAAAAUUCAAGAUUGGGAACUGGACAGAAAUUAUGCCAUGCCACAUCACCAAGGAGAUGUACCUGGGAUUCUUGGAGCCGGAAAGGUCGAGGGGAUUCUGUGAUUUCUCGGACAGGCGACUCGGCUAUCCGUGGUUUUGUCUGAAACCGCGGAAUCUACCCUGCAGUUCGUUUGUGGAGCACAUGGGGUCGUUGACGCGGAGUCGCGAAUACAACACGCUUUUGUUUCAGGGAAAGCAAGAGUCCUUAUCUCACAGGUUUGCUAAUAUCAAACAGAUUGGAACAACCACCAUUGAAGUGAAGAAUUUGGGAAACAGGAAAGAGAUGACGAGCCUUUGCAUAGACAAACCACUCCCCGUCUGUGUCCCUGGUGUUCCUCCUAGACCCCCGAAAUCUGUUGCCGGUUUCUACCAUCAGACAUCUUGGCAUUCCCUCGUCUGCUCGGCUAGAGAUUUUAAGUCCAAGGAAGCCCUGAGAUGCCUCCAGGGGCGAAGUCUGUUCUUCUACGGAGACUCCACAUUGCGUCAGUGGUUUGAAUACCUGACUCGCCGCUUAGGGCGCACAAUGAGGGAGAAGCGCCUGACGACUAGUCCAAUCGUCGGACCACGCUACGCUUACGACAAGGCUCACAACAUCUCAAUGUUGUUCCGCAUCCACGGGUUUCCGAUCCGCAACAGGUGGCUCAAAGUGAAAGACGUCGCGUAUGCAGCUAACGAAAUCGAUAACCUUCCCGGUGGGCCCAACACCGUUAUCGUCAUGUCGCUUUGGGCCCACUUCACUCCCACCACCCUCCAGUUUUACCGGGACCGGUGGAGGGCCAUCAAGGGUGCCUUGCAGAGGCUGCGAGCCCGGGCCCCUGGUACGCUUGUUCUCAUCAAGUCAGCCAACACUAGGGAGCCGCGAAGCCCGGACAUGAGUAACUGGUAUGGCAUGGAGCUGGAUAAGGUCAUGAGAGAGGAGUUAUCUGGAGAGCCAGGCGUGACCAUCAUUGAUGUGUGGGACAUGACGUUGAGUCACUCCACGGGCUAUCGCGCCCAUCCCCUGGAAGUCAUCAUCUCCCAAGAAAUCAAGAUGCUUCUAAGUUUUGUUUGUCCUGUCCCAUGAAAUGUUUAGUCUGUUAACCAUAACGCAGCUAAAUACUUCAAAAUCUACCAAGAGGUUUUAAAGGAUUUUCUAGGAUUUGAGAAGGCAGAGCCCAGACAUUACACAGUGUACAUGUACAUGUAUUAAUUAAUAUGGGGAUUGAUGCCCCUUGAAAUUGUUGGUGUUCGAUGUAGACUGUUCCAUUGUUUUUUUUUGCACAGUGGGAAAUUCAGGAAGGCUCCUAAAAAAAUGCCUGUGGAGUUUAGUUUAAUGGUUCUCGAGUUGUCAUGUAAAGAUGCUACACAUGUGUUAAAAGGUAGAGUAAACCAUUUGCAGCUAUCCAAAAUGUGAGCGACCAAAAUACUGUUAAAAUGGUUUAAAGAUAGUAAGUAAUAACACUAAAUUUCUUGUGAAAGCACUCGUUGUGGCAUGCUGUAAUUCUGAAGAAAACAAUAAAAGGUCAUUUCCAAAGAUGUGUCAAGUGACCCUUUUUUUAAAAUUUCAGUGAAUACCGCCCGAAUUUACCUCAGGAGGUAUGCUCACGUCAAUGGCGUGGCCGAUCGGUACAUUGGUUCACGCACGUGGUUAAAAAACAAAUGCUGAUUUAGGGAUUGAGAGAAAGUGCAAAUCAAAAUAUGACUUGGCAGGUUUGGAUCCAGAAUAUUGAGUUUACAUUCUGUUUCUACAGAGCCAACAAUUCAGGUUAGUUGUUAAGUACCCGUCUUUAGAUUUUGAGCACUUUUGAUGUUUCAAACAAAAAGAGUGCACAAAUUACUCAUGGUCUGCUCUACCUUUAAAUGUGAAAACCAGUUUAUUUAUUAUGCAUAUUCGUUUUUAAGAAGUCUUUUCAACCAUUUUUGUUAUGUGCAAUCCUGUUCUGUAUUCACAUGGUACAUGAAGUAAGAUUUUUACCUUUCAAACAAGUUAAAAGCUCCAAUUAAUGGGGAGAGAAUUUAUUUGAAACAUGUGUAUAGUAAUAUAUAUACUGGAGUUCCCUACCUGACAAGCAUAUGCUUUUAGGGACUCCAUCCACAUUUAUUGUAUCUAUUUAUAUUUAUUAUACAACUUAAUAUAUGUGGAAAAUAUGAAUGAGUGAAUGAAUGAAAAAGUUUAUCCAGCAGGUUAUAGGGUCAAAUUUGCAAUGUAUGUAGCUCUUUUAAAAAACAAUUAACAGCAACAGUAUUUCAUCUUAUAGAUCAAAGAUGGCCUUUGUUUUAUACAUUUGUAUAUUGGUUACGUCAGUGAUGACUUUUAAACCUCUAUGAUUAAUGUGGAAUUUAUUUGUAUGUUUAAUUUGUUUUGUACAUUGUUAGGGGCGGAUCCAGGUUUGGUGGGGGGGGGGGAGGGGGAAAGUUGUCAGGGGUUUUGCGGGAGUCUGGUAUUGUUCGGUUUUAGGGUGCGACCUGAUCACCCUUUUAAAAUGGUAAGAAUUAAUCUUCUUUAUUUUUCUUUCGGUCUUCCUUUUUUUUUCCGGACAAGAAUGCUCCACAGGUUUUUCUUCUCAAUGGUUUAUGAUACAAACUUGUAAGGCCAAUUAAAAAAAAAACACAGUUGAUCGUCCCCACCUGCAUCCUUUUUGAAGCAGCAUCCUUUUUUUUUCUCACUUCAAAAAGCUAACUUUUCUUGUAUUUCACUUUAAUGCAAUACAUAGAACAUGUUUGACAUGAAUAUUUAGACUCUACUUACUCUUAGAAUCUAAUUAAAAGCUGGCGGUCAUGUUGAACCGGAGUUGGCGGCCAUUAUGAAUUUAAAUACUUGGCAGUCAUCUGGGGGGGGGGGGGGGGGGAGAGAAGGCCCUCAUCCUCCUCUUUGAAAAACACAGACGAUCAACUGGUUUUUUUUUUAAAAACUUGCCCUCACUUCAAACCAACAUCAUCCCUGAUCCAAAGGUGUGCAUAUUACUCUGACGCCAUGAUGACCGUCAUCAGACCAGAAGUUAUUGUAGGGAGCAUUUGAAAAAUGAUCAGUUUUCGUUUUUUCUUUAAACAUCAAAUCCCUCAUUUGAUCCGUGUCAUUUGAUCAAAUGCUGUGAUGUCAAACCGGACGUUAAGGUUUGUUAAUAGAUGCACUUAAACCGUCAUUAUAAUUUUCAUUUCAUCUAUACAUGUAAUUCAUUAUAAUGAAAGACAAUUGCACAGUGGGCUUACAGUAACAUGUUUCACUGUUUGAAGCCGCUUUUUGAAAGGAUGAAAUAUCACUUCUUUUACAUUAUUGGCAUUUUCUCAGCAACCCAAUGUGCUGUUUUCAUGGGUUUUUUUUCAGUGUUUGAAAGAAAAAGCUCUCAGCUUCAAUCUGAUAUCCAAAUCAUAAAUUUUCACCUAUCACGUUUUUGGAAAAAGG